AGAUCACUUUUGAAAAUAACCGCUUUGGCCGAUUACUUUUUGAAGACCAUCGAUAUAUCGAUUACCAGUCAGCUGUUUUCUGAACUCCCAUCUUCAGAAGUUAAAUCUAAAUUGUAAAUACUCUGUAAAUAAAACAGAAUUUUCAAUGGCAGACGAUCCAAACAAACCCUCCACCUCGUCGAAAGCUGACGAAGCUCCCCUGUUUCCUCCCGCCAAACCAGGAAAACGAGUGGACUAUGGGACAAACAACACACUGGAGCUGCUGGAGCGGAUUCCCAGCCAGGUGGUGGAUCUCAAACUGGACGAUGUCCUCACUGCCGUCAAGGAGGUGGACAACCUCUGCGACUAUCCCCGCUGCAAGACCAAAACGAGCCUAAUGGGCCAGGAUUGUCAGCACUGCAAGAAGAGAUUCUGCUUCAAGCACGGACUGCCGGAGGUCCAUGGAUGCGGCGAGGAGAUCAAGCGGGACGAGCGGAAGAAGUUCCUGCAUCCCAAGCCAGCGAAAACAAUAAGGCAGGAGGAGGAUGUCAAGAAUGCCAAGAAGCGACUGGAUGCCAAGCUAAAGGAUAUGCAACAAGGACGCACUCAAAAGGCCUCUGGCGCGGGUUCCAAGAAAAAGAAGGGAAAAUAGUAACAUAUUCGCUCAAUUUAGUGUAUUUUAUCUUUAGAAACCCAAGAUGAUGGUACUUCUUUCAAGGAAUAGAUCAAAAUCAAAGUAGCACAACUCUAUUGAUUGCUGUUACUUAUUUGCAGACUCAGAUAUGAAAUGCAUGUUAUAAUGAAAAUUUAGAUACUUAAAUAAAUAUGUAAUUCAUUAAAUUUUCAUCCCGUGGUAUUUAAAAAUAUAAAACUUGUUCUGCAUACAUUGAGCACAAAGAUUACUAAUGGAUGAUAUAUUCUGAAUCAAUCCAGAGGAAGUAUAAACAUUUAUCACAGUUUAAAAUGAAUAAUUUGUUUCAAAUGCUAUUAUAAAACCAAAUAAUUAUAUAUAUAC